CGUCGAAAGGUAGGCAUUCACUGGUAAGACUUGCCAGAUCCGUAAACUGCGAUAUGGUGGCCACGAAAAAGCGAAGAUGGACAAGCUGGACUUCUGCUAGUUUGACAGAAUCAAUCAACAGUAUGUACGCUUGGUACAAUGCGGCGAUCGUGUACCACGUAUAUCUAUGGGACAUCAGGACUGCCAGCAACGGCAUAGACCGUUGUUGGAGUGGAGUUUUCAGCGUCAAGAAGAUCUUCCAGUAUAGUCAGUGGUACACGUGCCGCUAAAGUCUUCAGAAACUUAUCGCCCCAGACACGGUUGAAUUCUUCGCAGAUGACUGGACGAAGA